AUGGUGAUACCCGCUACCAGGACUGGUUCUAGUAGCCCUUUGAUAUUACGUUCUAGUAAAACUGCACCCAUACACGGUCCUACGAUUGUAACGACAACACUAGCAGCAGUAGGCCAGUUCAAGCCUCCAUUUGUAAAUCGCACGCGUCGCAUGGAAAGACGUCUGGUUGCAGCCCCGGCAAAGGAUCUAUACCCACUCUCUGAAACGUCUCGUGAUAUUGGCGAACAUGUUCGUGUGAGCUAUGGGCUGUCAACCCAUUCUGUUGGAUGGGAUGGUGUGCAAACUUCAGACUUAAUGACCAUGGAGAUGGCCAAAGUUAGUCUUCAACAAGUAUCAAAUACUACAGGCCUAUCAUCAUUACCAACUUUGGGGGCUUCAAAUGGCGGAAAGAAGCCUUCAGGCAUAAAAGGGAUCAUAGAGAAAGAGACUAAUGUAGGAUUUGUAGCAAUCGUCGAAAACAAAGGGUUCUUUAGCCAGGAGUGUGGAGCACAGCACGGUAUCUGGGGUCUCGGUUACCGAUCUUUGAGCGCCGACCAGAGACCAACAUUGUUUGGCACUCUAUCGGCAGCUAUGAAGAUCCCUAAUGGGUUUGCCCUUCAGCUCUGUGGAAGGGUCUCAAAUACAACCAAGUCUGGCAAUAUGUUCCUAGGUGGUUUCUCUUCAGCUCAUCUGGCAGAGCCUAUGCAAUUUGUGCCACUGGUGAGAAAGGACUGGUACCAGGUUCAACUGGAUGGGUUCAAGGUGAUGGGAGAGCCUAUACAAGGGAUGCAGAACUUGAAUCUACCCAAGACGAUUGUCGACAGUGGCACAACCAAUAUCAUCAUGAGUCAUUACAAUCUUCGGUUCUUGAUUCAAUCCUUGGCUCAGUCUGGGAUCGUACGCUGGUCACCUUUGAUUCCUGAUCAGGACAUCAGUGACUUCUGGUUCCAGAAUGCUGUCCUCCGUUUGCCACGUUCCAGUUUUCGGGUCUCCACAGUGGCUAGAGCUGUUGAAGCCGUCAUCUCUGGUGUUUCGAUCCCCAUUUACACAUCUAGCUUUCUAAAGAUUAAACCUGUUCCUGCAGGCCAGGCACCAGAGGGUUACGUUGACUUUUGGUGGCAUGGGUUUUCGUCAAGUACUCCUGCCGAUAUGAUUGAGGCGGAAGAAGCUAGUGGAGGGGCAGUGAUUCCAGGCAGUGUAGGCACAAUCUUGGGAGAAACACUGUUUACAGGCCUGCAGAUCAUGCUUCUGUAG